GCGAAUCAGCUGUUAAGCUGUUUACGUGCCUUCAAUUUGGAAAUAAACACAUUUAAAAACAUUAAUUAUCAAAUAAAACCGAUUUAAUUACUUAAAAAUAUUAUAUUUCUGGUGUCCUGCCGCUGAACAACAACUACCCCAUUAGUUAAUGUUUAAAAUACAUACGCCAACAUAAAAUUAACAAUAUGGAUGCACUUGAACCGGAUGUGUUUACCUCCCAAACGAAGGAACUAACCGCAGAGGAGAGGCAAAAACUGGAGGACCAAAACAAACGUGGUUUCGUGACCGAAUUUAAGGCCAACAAGUUGGAAAUUGAUGCCCAAAGAAACUGGGACAUAUUCUACAAGCGGAAUGAAACGCGCUUCUUCAAGGACCGCCACUGGACCACGAGGGAGUUCAAAGAACUGCUAGACCAGGAAACAAGCAGCGACAAGCGGACGCUCUUGGAAGUAGGCUGCGGUGUCGGAAACCUCGUGUUCCCGCUACUCGAGGAGCAGACCAGCGAGGAAGGUUGCUUCAGUAGCGGCAGAUUCUACUUUUACGCCUGCGACUUCUCACCCCGAGCCGUUGACUUUGUGCGCUCCAAUCCGUUGUACAAUCCCAGCCAGAUAACCGCGUUUCAGUGCGACAUCACGACGCAACAGGUGCACGAGCACAUACCGGAAGGAAGCCUCGAUGUCUGCACCAUGAUCUUUGUACUUUCGGCCAUACAUCCACACAAAUUUGGGGAUGUGGUGCUAAAUCUGUGGAAAUUACUGAAGCCAGGCGGACUGGUGCUGUUCAGGGACUACGGGCUGUACGACAUGGCGCAGCUCCGCUUUAAGCCGGGCAACAAGAUAGCCGAGAAUCUGUACGUUCGUCAGGAAGGGACCCGCAGCUACUUCUUCUCCGAGCAGGAGGUAUCUCAGCUAUUCCAAGCCAAUGGCUUCGAGAUAAUAAACAAUGCCUAUGUGCAUCGGCGGACACUCAAUCUCAAGGAGGGCGUGGACGUGCCGCGCAUCUUCCUGCAGGGUAAGUUCCGAAAGAAGAACGAAGAGUUACGUAUUUAGUUGUUGUAUUUAUUUUAAAUCAAUAACAUGGUUCAA